AUGGAUAUGCCCGUGAAUGUCCCCGUUGACAAUCCGAAUGCAGACACUGAAUGGAAUGAUAUUCUUCGCAAGCACGGCGUCAUCCCCGAAAAGCCACCGUCCCCCACCCCGAUAAUCCAAGAAGCCAUUCUCGAGGCCGAGCGAAAAGCCCAUGAGAACCGACUCGAAGAUAAAGAUCUCGACGAGCUAGACGCUCUUGAAGAUGAAGAGGACGAGGAAUUUCUGGAGCAAUACAGGAAGAAGCGAGUGGCAGAGAUAGCAACGUUACAAAAAGCAAGCGUCUACAACCAAGUGUAUCCGCUCCAAAAGACAGACUAUGCCCGGGAAGUGACCGAGGCUUCAUCCGAUGCAUUUGUAUUGGUGAAUCUAACGUCGAUGGGGGGCAAUGUCGAGUCUCGUGUCCUAAGUGAGAUAUGGCGACAGCUGGCCGCCAAAUACGGAGAUGUCAAGUUCUGUGAGAUCAGAGGAGACAUGUGCAUAGAGGGCUAUCCCGAGCGCAAUACGCCUACCAUUCUUGCUUAUAAAGACGGAGAGAUUCAAAAACAAUACGUGACUCUACGCGAACUCAAGGGAGUGAGGACGAAGGUCGAGGACGUGGAAAAAGUUCUUGUUGAUAUCGGAGCUGUCAAAGAAGGCGAUCUCCGUCUCCGAAAACAAAAUGAUUCCGACUAUAGCGACCAUGAAACAAACAAGCCCGAGGACGAGGACGAUGACGACUGGGAUUGA